GAUCGGGGCUUGAGUUUGUGCGCCAGAUGCCUGGGGUGUAGACGCGGCGUGGCCGAGCGUGCGGGCAUGGGGGCCGGACUCUCGGUGGGCCGCCGCGGGGCUGUUCCUGUCGGUCACCAGGUUUUCUUCUCUUCCGGUCCGGGCCGUAGGGUGGCCGACAUGACGGCCAGGGGUCAGGGCCCCCUCGCGCCGCUGUUGGAGACUUUGGAAGACCCUUCCGCCUCCCCUGGGGAGCAGACUGACGCUUACCUGACUCUGACCAGUCGUAUGACUGGAGGAGAAGGAAAAGAAGUAAUUAUAGAAAUUGAGAAAAAACUUCUUCGGCUGUACAAAGUUUUAAAGACUCAUAUUUCCAGUCAAAACUCGGAGCUCAGUAGUGCUGCUCUACAAGCCUUGGGGUUUUGCUUAUAUAAUCCCAAAAUUACUUCAGUAUUAUCAGAGGCAGAUAUUCAAGAAGUGCUUUCAAAAUUGAAUGAUAUUGUCAAGAGUCCAGACAAAAAUGUACGUACCAGGGCACUUUGGGUGAUAUCUAAGCAGACGUUUCCUACUGAAGUUGUUGGCAAAAUGGUACCCAGUAUAAUUGAUUCAUUAGAAAUACUAUUUAAUAAAGGAGAGAUGCAUUCUGCCGUUGUUGAUUUUGAAGCAUUAAAUGUCAUCAUAAGGCUAAUUGAACAAGCUCCAAUUCAGAUGGGAGAAGAGUCAGUGAGGUGGGCAAAAUUGGUAAUACCAUUAGUGGUUCAUUCAGCACAAAAGGUACAUUUGAGGGGAGCAACUGCUCUGGAGAUGGGAAUGCCAUUAUUGCUUAAAAAACAGCAAGAAAUAGCGUCUAUUACAGAACAGCUUAUGACUACUAAAUUAAUCUCAGAACUCCAAAAGCUAUUUAUGAGUAAAAAUGAGACUUACGUGUUAAAAUUGUGGCCUUUGUUUGUUAAACUACUUGGAAAGUCUUUGCAUCGAAGUGGGAGUUUCAUCAAUUCUCUGUUACAGCUGGAAGAACUGGGAUUUCGGAGUGGAUCACCCAUGAUUAAAAAAAUAGCUUUUAUUGCUUGGAAGAGUUUAAUAGAUAAUUUUGCUUUAAAUCCAGAUAUACUAUGUAGUGCAAAAAGACUCAAGUUGUUAAUGCAGCCUUUGAGUUCGAUCCAUGUAAGAACAGAAACUCUAGCAUUAACAAAACUAGAAGUCUGGUGGUAUUUACUGAUGAGACUUGGACCUCAUCUUCCUGCUAAUUUUGAACAGGUUUGUGUGCCUCUGAUACAAAGCACAAUAAGCAUUGAUUCUAAUGCUUUACCUCAAGGCAAUUCAUCUCGUGUAGCUACUUCUCCAGGGUUAAAUCCUAUGACUCCUGUACACAAAGGUACUUCCUCCCCAUAUGGAACCCCUGUAACUCCACGAAUGAACUUGAGUUCGAAUUUAGGUGGAAUGGCUGCGAUUCCUUCCAUUCAACUUCUGGGACUUGAAAUGAUGCUUCAUUUUUUGUUGGGUCCUGAAGUCUUGAGUUUUGCUAAGCACAACAAACUUGUACUGAGCCUAGAGCCACUUGAACAUCCAUUAAUCAGCAGCCCUUCUUUUUUUUCCAAACAUGCAAAUGUACUUACCACUGCUGUUCAUGAUAGCUUUGUUGCAGUUGGAAAAGAUGCCUCUGAUGCAGUUGUCGGUGCCAUCUGGAAGGAGCUCAUUAGCUUGGUGAAGUCAGUUACUGAAUCAGGUAACAAAAAAGAGAGACCAGGUUCUGAAGUUUUGACCCUCUUAAUAAAAUCUUUGGAAAGCAUAAUCAGGUCUGAAGUAUUUCCUGUGUCCAAAACACUGGUCCUCAUGGAAAUUACAAUUAAAGGACUUCCUCAGAAAGUAUUAGGUUCACCAGCAUAUCAGGUUGCUAAUAUGGAUAUUCUUAAUGGGACUCCAGCUUUGUUCUUAAUUCAAUUAACUUUCAACAGUCUCUUGGAAUGUGGUAUAGCAGAUGAAAGGUUUUUUCUCAAUCUUGAAGCACUUGUAAGCUGUGUUCUUUCUGGUCCAACUUCACCAUUAGCUUUCAGUGACUCUGUUUUAAAUGUUAUUAAUCAAAAUGCAAAGCAGUUGGAAAACAAGGAGCAUCUCUGGAGAAUGUGGAGUAUUAUAGUCACCCCAUUAACUGAAUUGAUUAAUCAGACCAAUGAAGUGAAUCAAGGUGAUGCCUUAGAACAUAAUUUUAGUGCCAUCUACGGUGCAUUGAUUUUACCAAUAAACCAUAUUUUUUCAGUACAGAAAUUUCCAGUGGCGACUAUGAAGACCUUGCUUAGAACUUGGUCAGAAUUAUAUAGAGCAUUUGCUCGCUGUGCUGCUUUGGUGGCAACAGCAGAAAAGAACUUGUGCUGUGAGGAACUUUGUUCCAAGAUAAUGUCCAGUUUGGAAAAUGAAGGCCUUUCAAAUUUGUUGUUCUUGGAUAGGAUCGUUCAUAUUGUUAUUGUAAUGUUUGAUUGCAUCGACUUCUCACCAUAUGAUAUUAAAUAUCAGCCCAAAGUUAAAUCACCACAGAGACCUUCUUCAGAUUGGUCCAAAAAGAAGAACGAGCCCCUAGGGAAAUUGACUUCUUUAUUUAAACUUACUGUAAGAGUGAUCUAUUCUUUCCACACUCUGAGCUUCAAGGAGGAACAUUCUGAUACCCUGUUCGCUAUUGGCAACUCAAUCACCAGCAUUCUUUCCAAUGUAUUUGGACGUAUUUCUUUGCCAUCUAUGAUCCGAAAAAUAUUUGCAACUUUAACACAACCUUUGGCAUUACUUUGUGAAAACUCAAAGCUUGAUGAAGUUCCUAAAGUGUAUAGUUGUCUGAACAACAAGUUAGAAAAGCUACUAGGAGAAAUUAUUACUUGCCUACAGUUCAUCUACACUGGAACAUAUGACAGUGAACUUCUUGAACAACUCUCCCCACUAUUAUGCAUAACAUUUCUGCACAAGAAUAAACAGAUUCGAAAACAGAGUGCUCAGUUUUGGAAUGCCACAUUUGCUAAAGUGACGAUGUUGAUUUAUCCUGACGAGUUAAAACCAGUACUAAGACAAGCCAAACAAAAAUUUCUGCUUCUGUUGCCUGGUUUGGAAACUGUUGAAAUGAUGGAAGAAUCCAGUGGACUGUAUUCGGAUUCAACAGAAAAUUCACAACUAAAUGUGAAGAUAAGUGGCAUGGAAAGAAAAUCAAGUGGAAAAAGAGAUUCCUUUUUGGCACAAAGAAAGGACAAGAAAGAAAAGAUGAAACCACCAGCCAAACUGAAACUUGAAAAUUCAUCUCUAAAAGUAAAGAGUGAAAUACUUUUGGAAGAGGAAAAGUCUACUGACUUUGUGUUUAUAUCUCCAGAAGGAAAAGAUGCAAAGGAAAGAAUACUAACUGAACAUCAAAAAGAAGUACUCAAAACAAAGCGGUGUGAUAUUCCUGCCAUGUAUAAUAAUCUGGAUGUUUCACAAGAUACGUUAUUUUCUCAGUAUAGUCAGGAAGAGUCUAUGGAAAUUCCUACUUUAACCAGAAAACCAAAGGAGAAUUCCAAGAUGAUGUUUAAGGAGGAGCAAAUGGAGAGUGACGGUGUCAUUCCUCAAGAUGUCACGGAAACCUGUGGUAUGGAUGAACAUCUUGAAAAGGCUUCCUUUUCAAAUAAAGAGUGUGGUUCUGUUGAUGAAACCAGUUCAAAAAUACUGAGCAGUAAUAAUGAUGCCAGGAAAAAAGCUUUAAUUCCAUCAAAGAAAACUUCAACUGAAUGUGCAUCUACUGCAGAAAGUUUUGUUGUCAGCAGUAGCCCAAUUUUUAAUGCCGCUAUUUCUGGAACUCCUCCACAGCCUACAAGUCGGAGGCAAACUUUUAUUACCUUGGAGAAAUUUGAUGGGUCAGAAAAUAGACCUUUUAGCCCAUCCCCCUUGAAUGGCAUGUCAUCAACUGUUACAGUGAAAAGUAACCAGGAAAACAUGAUUAAGACAGAUAUUCCACCAAAAGCAAAGCGAAGAGAAAUGACUCUUUCAAAAUCUGAUUCUGAAAAAACAUCAAAUGGAACUAAGAGAUCAGGCCGGAGAUUGGGUAAAGCUGAACAAACAGGGAAUAAAAGGUCUAAGCCAUUAAUGAAAUCUGAACAGGAGAAAAACACUCAGGAAUCUAUUGAAGGCAUGGUAACCUUAGAAAAUAACCCACCCGGUUUGCUUGAUCAAACAGAAUGUGAUCAGGUUCAUCUUUCUGAAUCUACAGUGGAGUAUGAAGAUACCAAGUUUAAACCAACAAUAGAAAAUGCUAUGUUAUUGGAAACUAAUACUGUAGAAGAGACAAAUGUAAAAAUUAAUUUGGAAUCCAAAGAAAAUACACCCCCAGCAGUAAUACCAUCAGAUCAAAUGGUAAAUGAGGAUAGUCAGGCUCAGAUAACUCCAAAUCAAAAAACCCUUAGGCGAUCUACAAGGCGACGUUCAGAAAUAGCAGAUUCUACCACUGAUAGCCAAGAUAAAGAAAAUAAUCAUCAAAAAAAGGAAAGACGUAAGGAAGAAGAAAAACCUCUUCAGAAGAAUCCUUUGUAUAUAAAAGAUGAUUUGUUACCUAAGCAAAAACUGAUUUCUGAACAAAUUGUACAGGAGAAUCUAAUUGAGAAAGGAAAUAGUUUACAUGAGAAGACUUUUGGGGAAACCAGUGCUAAUGCUGAAGUUGACCAAAAUAAAAGAAAGCCAGACCCUGAGAAUAUUAAGUCUGAAGGAGAUGGUGCCCAGGACAUUGCAGAUAAGUCCUCUGAGAAACCAAUAAGGGGCCGAACACGGUAUCAAACAAGAAGAGCAUCUCAGGGUUUGCUUUCUAGCAUUGAAAACUCAGAAUCUGAUAGUUCUGAGGCAAAAGAAGAAGGUUCUAGAAAGAAGAGAUCUGGAAAAUGGAAAAGCAAAAGCAACGACAGUGUUGACAUUGAAGAUCAAGAAGAGAAAAUGGUAAAACAAGAGUGUAUAAAAGCUGAAAAUCAGACACAUGAUUAUAAAGCAAGUUUAGAAGUAGACGUAGACAUAAAGUCUCAGGUUUGUGAAAAAAAAGAUGAAAAUAGUACUGUAAUACUUGAGGAUUCUGCAUCUUCAGAUUUGUUGCAAAUUUCUGAUGAUGUAGCAAAUACAUGUGAGGAGGAAAGUAAAACUAGCAAAUGUGCAGAAUAUUUCUUUACAAGUCCACCUGUGCCAGAGUCAAAUCUAAGGACUAGAAAUGCCAGUAAGAGAUUACAUAAGCAAGACUCUAUUGAUAAUUAUAGUGUAGGAGAAUCCUCAAAAAUAGAGACAUCAGACAUUUCUUUGCUUUCUGAAAAAACUCUUCAAACAUUUGAAUGCCACCAUAAGAGAAGGAGGAGGGUGAGGAGAUCUAAAAGUUGUGAAUGCUGUGGGGAAAAAUCACAGCUUCAGGAAAAGUCAUUCAUUGAGUUGAAGAACACAGAAAAUGAUGAUGUAAAGAUUAGUGAAACAAAAACAGAUAUACAGACACCUGUAACUAUAUCAGAAACUUCUAAAGCUAAUCUGUGUUCUGAAGUACAAUUUUUAGAUGAGCACCACAGUGUGAAUUUUCAUUUGGGUAUCAAGGAGGAUAAUGAUACUAUCAAUGAUUCAUUAAUUGUAUCUGAAACUGAGUUGAAAGAAAAUAUCAUUCAAGAAAGUCUUCCUUCUGAAGUAAUAAAUUUUAAAGAGGAAACUUGUGAUAUGGAUUCUAGUGAAGUGAAGUCUCUUCAAAGCCAAGAGCCACCUAAUAAAAAAUUUAAAACUGUUGGCCUAUGUUUAGCUGAUUCCAAAGAUAUAUCCCAGGAAUGUUCUUUGGAAACUAAAGAAGAAAAGCCAGAAGCUACCCUGGAAAUGGAACUAAGUCUAGGUAAUGUUGUUAAUGUUGAAGAAAAUGCAUGUAAAGUAACAGAAUCCAAUCUACAGAAAGUAGAAACCAUGGAAUUGGAUGUAAGAAAUGAUAAAUCUGAAGCUAGCUUCUCUGAACAAGAGAGUGCCAAAACUGAUAUUUCUGAAGAAGCAGCAACAGAGGAAAACAGUAGUAGUAGUAGUGAUGAAUCUGAAGCAGACACAGCUAAAAAACGGUAUGCCAAAGAAGCAGCAACUGAGGACUUUAAUUCAGGCAUCAGUCUUUCUGAUAAUACCACACCUUUAACAGUGAAUACUCAAACUGAGAUGUCUGAACAAACAGCAGUUGGGGAACUAGAUGGAGGAAGUGUUGUGUCUGAUUCAGGUUCAUCUGAGGAAAUGAAUGCCAAAAUGGAAGAUUGUGAAGAAACAGUGAUUGGUGAGGUGAAUGCUGAAACUGACCAUGUCAAUAAAACAGAAGAUGAGGACAUGUCCAUCAAAACUUCUAAACCUGCUGAUGCUGAAACAAAAGGACUGAGUGCAGAAAUUGACAACGUUGUUGCUGACACAUCUGAAGUGAGCACUGAAGAAGGAAAGGUUGACUGUAAUAAACCCGAAACAAAUACUGAACUUAAUACACCCAAAGAAAUAAAAUUAGAUGAUAAUCAAAUGGUAGUAGGAAAUGAUAUUUUACAGGAAGUUCACACUUCAGAGGAAGUGGAGGAACCACUACAAUCUCUGACAUCUGAAACAGGUGUCUCUGAACUGAUAAUAGAAGACAAUAAUACAUCUCCUCAGAAAUUAAGGGAACUUGAUCCUUCACUUGUGUCAGCAAAUUACAGUCCUAGUGGCAUGCAGGCACGCUGUGUCUGGUCUCCUUUGGCUUCUCCAUCCACCAGCAUUUUAAAGAGAGGAUUAAAAAGACCCCAAGAAGAUGAGAUCUCAUCACCUGUUAACAAGGUUCGCCGUGUCUCCUUUGCAGAUCCAAUAUACCAAGCAGGAUUGGCAGAUGACAUUGAUAGACGGUGCUAUAUUGUUAGGUCCCUGUCUUCAAAUAGUUCCCCUAUAGUAAAAAGUGUUAAAACUUCUCCUACUGCACAAGCUAAGCAUAAUACCACUUCAAUCAAAGGAUUUCUGUCCCCAGGAUCACGUAGCCCUAAAUUUAAGAGCUCAAAGAAGUGUUUAAUUGCAGAAAUGGCCAAGGAAUCCAUGCCGUGCCCAACAGAAAGUGUUUACCCAGCUUUGGUGAACUGUGUGGCACCAGUUGACAUCAUUUUACCUCAGAUUACGUCUAACAUGUGGGCAAGAGGCCUGGGACAGCUCAUUCGAGCCAAGAAUAUAAAAACAAUUGGUGAUUUGAGUACUCUUACAGCAUCUGAAAUAAAAACUCUCCCUAUUCGUUCUCCAAAAGUGUCCAAUGUAAAAAAAGCUCUCAGAAUAUAUCAUGAGCAGCAGGUGAAGUCUCGUGGAUUAGAAGAAACUCCAGUUUUUGAUAUUUCUGAAAAAACAGUAAAUGGAAUCGAAAAUAAAUCUCUCUCUCCUGAUGAAGAAAGACUUGCCUCAGAUUUGAUUGAUCCUGUUAAUUUAGAAACUCCAUUAUCUAAAAAUCUUGUGGCACAGAUCAGUGCUCUUGCUCUUCAGCUGGAUUCAGAAGAUCUCCAUAAUUAUUCAGGAAGCCAGCUAUUUGAAAUGCAUGAGAAACUGGGAAGUAUGGCAAACUCUAUAAUAAAAAAUCUACAGUCACGUUGGAGGUCACCAGCCCAUGAAAAUUCUAUUUAGUAUUUUAAGAGGAAAUUGAAGUUUUUUGUAAACAUCACUGGAUUUUCUUGAUAGAUAAAACAAGUUCUGAAACAUAGCACAAUUUCGAAGAGACUGUUUGCAAAGUUGAUAGCAUUUCAAACUCUGAAGGACAAUGACUUAUUAUGUAAGUUCAAUUUUGUAAGUUCAUUAUGUAAGAUCUUUCCCCCCACCCUGUAUAAUGUAUUUUCUUGGCUGCUAUGCGUAGUUUUUCUGAGAAAUUUAAUUACGUUACAGAGAUGUGAAAGCAAAAACUAGAAACAGAAGUACGUUUUAUUUCACGCUUUCUUAAACUCAUGCAUAUUCUGGUGAAACAUGUAAUAUAAAAUACUUUAAGUAAAGUUGAAAAAUUUUAUUUGAAUUUUUGUUGAACUGAUAAAGGUGUUUAUAUUUGAUUUUUUAAAAUUCAUUUUUGUUGUGCCUGAGGUUUAGGAAAUUUAUUCUCUGGUGAGACACCUCUAACAAGAUGCAAAAGAAUUGGAACUUUCCCCACAGCUGUCAACUUUUUGAACAGCUUUUGAGAAAAAUGCCUAAAGUUUCAACUUCUGGGGUUAAAAUGUUAGUGCAGAAUUUACUAAGAUUCCAUUUGUUUGCAUUAGCAAAUAUUUGUGCAACAGCAUUUGCCUGUGAAAAUUUAUUCUUAGAGGCACAUAGUUUUCAUUUAUAAAUGCAUGACUGUACAUUAUGUAUAGAUGACCAUGUCUUUAAUUUAUAAAUUUCAGUCUUCAUUAAUUGCAUGGAUUUUUCUGCAGCUUCUUGUGAAUAGUUUUGUUUAAUAGAAACAUUUUGUAUAUAUUAAAUACUGAGAUAUCAAUAUGGACAGUAGAAGUGCUUCAUGGACUUGCUGCAGAUAUUUGUAGGAUUCUGUAUCUACAAAUAAAACAACAAAUAGUUUUAUACUUAGUUAAUAGUCAUAGUUAAAACAUGAGUUUAUUUUCUAAAAGUAUCCAGAAUGAGUAAAAUUACACAAAUGAGAAAAAGUUACACAACAACUUUGCUAUUCAUACUCUUACCUUUUUUCUUUUGGUUUGGAAGAGGGUAUCAGCCACUAGAAAGUGUGCCUCAUUACAUGUCUUCUUAAUGGAAUGUAGUUUGAAUAUUUUCAUUGCAAAUUGGACAAUAAGAAAUCUAGAAUUUAUCUGCUUUUUUUCACAUAUACCUAAAAGCAAACUUGGAAGAAAUUUGAAACUGUUCUUUUUUUAUAUGUGUAUGUUUUGUUUUUAAAAAUAGGGUAUAUGUAAUUAAAAUAUUUGUAAAUUUUACCAGCUAGUAUUAGUGCCUGACUUCCCAUAUUUGUUUCAUCUUUUUAACUGAGAAUAUAUUUCACUUGUUCUGUGACUAGAAUGAGUGAAUCAUCUCAGUUUUCACUUUAUUCAGAACCUAAUUCCUACUUAGAAAGGCACACAUUUCUACAGCAAGUCAUAGAAAGUUUCAUCUUUGUGCCUAGUUACCUCUCCUAUAUUCAGCAGGAGUGUUAGCGUCUUUUUCAUAAUCGUUAAGUCCACCAUUACAAAUAUUUUUGAGUCUUUUAAAGCAUGAUAUUCAUAUACCGAGAUGGCUUUAUAAAGAAAUUCUGGGAUCAUUGAACUAUGGAUUAUAGCUUGAAGAAAUAACUAAUGAAAAAUACUGAUUUUGGAAAACAAUUAUGAUUGUGGUUUACAUUGUUUCUCAUUUAUUUCCCAAAUUAUAUUUAAUAGUGCAAAGGCACAUGAGUUUUUAGGGAACAGGUGUGAACAAAAAAGGGUAUGUGUGUUUGAGGGCAGGGAACGGGGUACUUUAACGCAGUUUAGAGUUAAAAUUAGAGCUUGUUUCAUGACUACAUGCCUUAACAUUUUUGUGAACUAAACUUAUUUGAUGGUUGAAGGAUAUUCUUGUAAAGCUGAACCGUACGGCAAAAAAUGUGACCAAAAUGAUUACUGUUUACUCAGAUCACUGAAUUUGAUAUAAGCACAUGCAUUAAUUUAAAAAACAUUGUAUUUCAGCAAGGUUGUAUUUAAAUACAUUAUUUGAGGGCAUAGACCAGUUUGUUAAAUCUUCAUUGUUGCUAUGGUUAUAAGCGUAUAUUUAAGGUACCUUAUUUUCAAUAUUUUUGCCUUAAAAUUUUCUGCAGCUUUCCCCCUGAAUAAUUCCUGAAUAGCAAAACAUUAAUAUUCCUUGAUCAGUUCCACUGUGUUGUUUCACUAUAAAAUGGAGCCUGGUUUUUCAAAUCCUUUCUAAUCGUUAAUAAAACACACAGCAAAUAUAACUAAGAACACUUAACGUGUUUUCUUAAUUAUUUUAUGCAUUUUAAAAAAAUCUAGUGGCAUGUAGAAGUGUAGUAUAAUUUUUCAUAUCUAUGAAAUCUAUUGUAAGUUUCAUAGUGGAUUUAAAUUUUUAGUAUUAUUUCAGUGAGAUUAUUAUUGAAGAUGCUGUGCCAUUUAAACAAGGUUGAAAGCCAUUGUUGAAUGGUGUAGAGCCUUUCUCUAAUUCCAAAUAGAAUAGGAUGAGUCAGGGUAAAUAAUGUUAUUGCAUAACACAGUCAAAAAAUAAGAUUUAAAUCUGAACAUUUUGAUCGAUUCUGACAUUGCCAAUGGAUUAUUUUUUUCUAUACAGGUUGAAGGUAGGGAUUCUGUUACAUGUUUAAGCAUCAUAAAAAUGUCAAGAAUAGUGGCAGGGCAAGAAACAAAAUUGGAGG